AUGGCUGCAGCAGGAUCUGUCCCACUGCUACUGCUAGCAUCAGUGUCAUUCAGGGAUGUGACCGUGGAGUUCACCCAAGAGGAGUGGAAAUGCAUGAGCCCUGUUCAGAGGACCCUAUACAGAGAUGUGAUGCUGGAGAACUACAGCCUUCUCAUCUCAGUGGGGUAUUGCUUUACAAAACCAGAAGUGAUCUUCAAGCUAGAGCAAGCAAAAUACUCAUGCUUAUUAGAAGAAGGCUUUCUAAAUAGGAGCUACCCAGAAGACUGCCAACUUGAUGACUGGCUAGAGAAGAGCUUGGAAAACCAAGACAAAUAUCAGUGGCGAGUUUUAUUCACCACCAAUAAAAUGCUGACCAGUGAGCAAGAGAAAAUUCCAAGAAAAUCUUUUAGCAGGAAGUCAAACCUCACACUACAUCAGAGAAUACACACAGGAGAAAAACCUUUUAAAUGUAAUGAAUGUGAGAAAACAUAUAGUGAUAAAUCAGCACUAAGGAAACACCAGCGAACUCACACAGGGGAGAAACCCUAUGAAUGUCAUGAAUGUGGAAAAGGUUUCAGCCAGAGCUCAAUCCUCAGAGGUCAUCAGAGAACUCACACAGGGGAGAGACCUUAUAAAUGUGAAGAAUGUGGCAAAUCGUUCACCUGCAAAUCAUAUAUCAGAAUUCAUCAGACAAUUCACACAGGGGAGAAACCUUGUAAAUGUGAUAAAUGUGGGAAAGGCUUCAGGAAUAAGUCAGAGCUAGCACAACAUCAGAGAUCUCACACAGGUGAGAGACCCUAUGUAUGUGAUGAAUGUGGGAAAUCUUUUCACUGGAAGUCAAACCUGACGGUACAUCAGAGAACUCACACAGGAGAGAAACCCUUUGAAUGUAUUGAAUGUGGAAAAACUUUUAGUAGGAAAUCUAGAGCAAUGAGACAUCAUAGAAUUCAUACAGGAGAAAAACCUUAUGAAUGUAACGAAUGUGGGAGAGCUUUUAGAGAGAAGUCGCAUCUUAGAGGUCAUCAAAAAACUCACACAAGAGAAAAACCAUAUAAAUGUGAUAAAUGUGGGAAAACUUUAAGUUCUAAGUCAACCCUCAGAGUCCAUCAGAGAAUGCAUGCAAAGUAG